CAGUGAAGUGUGUGAUAACACGGGUUUUGUCGGCUGUAUUUUGAGGUAUAUUUGCACAGUAUUUCCCACAAUAUUUUCCACCCUCACACCCAACCCAACUCUCCCCUUGGAUACCCUGACCCCACCCUCUUGUCCUCCGCAGACGCGAUGUGGCCAGCUAUCGUGGCAUUGUUGCGUUCAAACGCAGUUUAUAUCACCCUGCCGGUCGCAGCUGUCAUUGGCUUCGUGGGGUACAAUUUGGAGAAUAUUCUCUCGGAUAAGUACACCCCCUAUACAAAGUCAAUACAGGAAAAUCGGGCAGAACGUCUGGCUGACGACGGGAAGCUACAGAAUGCGGAAAAUGUGGAAAAACUCAGGCUCCGGGAGGAUGUUCUUGAGAGGAAUUUAUCACCGUCAUUACGCAAAUAAAUUGCCCUAAUAUAAUGUAUAUAGUGUGUAAUAAAAUGAUAUUAUAUGUAGA